AUGGCUCUGCCCUGGACAAUAUUACUGGCUCUCUCGGGUAUCUAUGUCCAGAGAGCUCAGGCAUGGUGUUCAGAAGAGGAUAAAAUCUACAUCGAUAAACCAGUCAGUGACCCUGACAUAGUGAAGUUUGCUCUGAGUGCAUUCAACAAGCAGAGCAAGGAUGAAUAUGCCUACAGGGUGACAAACAUCAUGAGUUUCUUUAAAGUACAGGAAAAACCACCACAAACUUUCUUCAUGAAGUUAAAGCUGACAAGAACCAUCUGUAAGAAGUACGAGGAAAGCCUAGACACCUGCCCCUUACCUAAACUGGAAUAUAUCCUCAUGUGCUCCUUCAGCAUCAGCAGCCCAGGCUCAAAACAGUUCAAGCUGUUGAAAAUGACUUGUUCCGAGGGGCUUCUCUGA